CAGAGUAUCUCUGUGAUCUGUGCUUUCAGCUUUCUUAGGUUAUAUUUUGUCAACAAAGUUUGGUUUCUUUAAAUAGUUCUUCUCAUCUUGAAAAUUGCCCCAAUGGAAGAUUCGCUUGAUUUAGUAGUGGACGACUUAGAGUCGCCGAUUCAAGACACUUUAGAUAACAGUGAGGGUGUUGUGCAACAAAGUGCACUUGUUUCCCACGAAGCCCUGAAGAACACCGAAAAUCUCCCUAAACCUACAAAGCAUGUAAAAUUGCCGAUUUCCAAAAUUAAGCAUAUAAUGAAAAUGGACCCGGACGUUACAAUCAUUCAACAGGACGCAGUUUUCCUCGUUUGUAAAGCUACAGAAAUGUUCAUUGAAUAUAUGGCCCGAGAGUCGAACAAACAAAUGGCAAAUAAUAAAAGGAAAACUUUGACGAGGCGAGAUGUAGACGUUACUAUUGAAAGCAAACCUCAGCUCUGCUUUUUAGAUGGGGCUUUGGAAUAAGGACUUUAGGAUACACAAAUAAAACACACAUUUUGAUGAGA